GUGGCUGAGGAGUCGAGGGAGGAGUGAAGAGGCAGAAUGCUACGGUGGCUGAAUUCUCCUCCUUGCACUUCUUCAUAAGCAUCUUAUAGUUAUUUAGAAAUAUGACGUAAGGCAUUUUGCUUGCUAUUUUUACAUUUUUCAGCUGCUGUUCAAGGGAUUGUUCCUCUCUUACGCUGGAGCUCGUUACUGAAGGGUGCACAAAGGAGAAGGAGGGAGCGGGGCCCACAUAGAGGAGCACCAUACAGCUUUUGAAGGGACACUUCCUGGAGACAGAAGACAUUCAGAGAAAGCAAGGCUGAAGGGCUUUGAUGUUAAAAGAAUACAAGUGGAUUCACCCCAAAGAAGUGCCUGUGGAGGAAAAAUGACAGGAUCUUUGUUUAUUUGAACUCCAAGAAGACUUUUUUGUUCAUUCCAAAAGAAUUCCAACAGUAGCAUAAGGAUCUAGAUGUCCACUCCUCACACCUAGACUUGUUUGAGAUUCAUCUUUAUCUUCAAGUGUGCAUGAAUGCGUUGCCCUGGAAAUAUUCAUACACAUCCUUGAUAUGAAUCAUUAAGGACUCUUGGGUUCCUGUCCAAAACAUGGAGAACGUGUCUGAGGCUGGCGUCUUUGCGCCGCCACUGUGCGACGACUCUGUUGACUUCUACAGUCUCUCCUCAGGCAACCGCACCGAUCUGAACUGCACCCCUCCGUCCGAGUUCUACUUCUACGCUGACCUCUACGUCAUCUUGCCCGUCAUCUACUCGGUCAUCUGUGCCGUGGGCCUGACUGGCAACACGGCCGUCAUCUACGUGAUCCUCAAAGCUCCCAAGAUGAAGACGGUCACCAAUAUGUUCAUCCUCAACCUGGCCAUCGCCGACGACUUGUUCACGUUGGUGCUCCCGAUCAGCAUCGCCGAGCACCUGCUGCAUUACUGGCCUUUCGGGGAGGUUUUGUGCAAAAUCAUCCUCAGCAUCGACCACUAUAACAUCUUUUCCAGUAUCUACUUCCUGACUGUGAUGAGCGUGGACCGCUACCUGGUGGUCCUGGCCACAGUGAGGUCCAAGCGCAUGCCGUACCGCACCUACCGGGCAGCCAAGAUUAUCUCCUUGUGCGUGUGGGUUCUAGUCAUACUCAUCGUGAUGCCGUUCAGCAUUUUCGCCAGCGUCUUCAUCGACCCCAGCGAUGGCAGGAAGAGCUGCGUGCUCAGCUUCCCCGCACCAGAGAGCUCGUGGUUCAAAGCCAGUCGGAUCUACACCCUCAUCUUGGGCUUCGCCAUCCCCGUGUCCACCAUUUGCAUCUUGUACACCUUGAUGCUCUACAAGCUGAGGAACAUGCGCCUCAACAGCAAUGCCAAAGCGUUGGACAAAGCCAAGAAGAAAGUCACCAUCAUGGUCUUCAUCGUGUUGGCCGUCUGCUUGUUCUGCUGGACGCCGUUCCACCUCAGCACCAUUGUGGCCCUGACCACCGACUUGAGGACCACACCGCUGCUCAUUGGGAUCUCCUACUUCAUCACCAGCCUCAGCUAUGCCAACUCCUGCCUCAACCCGUUUCUUUAUGCCUUUCUCGAUGACAGUUUUAGGAAGGCCUUCAAGAAGAUGCUGGAAUGUCGGCCUGCGUGAGAGCAGUCACUCCAGAGAAAGUAAAAAAAUAAAUAAAAAAUGGUACAUUUGUUCAAGCGACACCAGAAAAAAAAAUAAAAAUAGUGUGGACAUCUCAAUGUUUGGUGUAGUGGUUUCCACGAACAAAAUUAUGUCCACCACCAUUUUGUGUGGUAUUAGCCAAUGACCUGAAAGAAAAAAAAAAAAAAAAAUCAACAAAGAGUCAAGUGCUGAUAUCAACUAAAUAUUUCAAACGUGAAAAUGUCAAAGUUUGUUGUUGCAGUUACAUGUAUUAAAAAAAAAUUACGGGUUUUCAACACCAAUAUGUAUAAUCUUAAAUUUGUUCAUAGGUAAACUGAUUGUCCACUAAGAUGUUUUAAGUGUUGCUUUGACACAUCAUAUUGAAAUAAAAGUUAAUUAGGGUCACAGGUAAGCUUGAACUUA